AUGUCUCAACCCGUCAAGUCGGGCGAGAGGCGCCCCUCUACCUCAAAAGGCAACCGUAUCACCAACUUCUUCUCCAGUAGCCCCAAGUCCACUGGCGCCCAGCAAGCCCUUGCCGCUGUGCAGCAGAACCAAGCUGCUGCUACUGGGUUCUCGCCUUCUCCUGGUCUGCCUACCAUCUCUCUCUCAACCGCGAGCCCUGGCGAUCCCAACAGCAUCGAUGCCUCAACGACCACUCUCUUCCAGCCUAAGUCGGCCGAGGAGAUCGACCGUCAGAAGCGUGCCGACGCUCAGUUUGGCCCUCUCCUCCACUCAAGUCAUCGAUACACCAGCCAGUCUCAUGGAGAGCCUCUUCAGGCCCCUGUCGAAGAUGAGCCUCCUUACUAUUUCAUUCUCACCACUUACAUCAGCUACCUGAUCCUGAUCGUUCUUGGUCAUAUUCGCGACUUCUUUGGCAAGCGUUUCGGGAACCCCAAGCACUAUCGUGCCCUUAAAGCCAGCAACGGUUAUGCAGCUCUCAACAGCGAUUUCGACAAUUUCUAUGUCCGACGUCUCAAGAUGCGCCUGGACGAUUGUUUCGCUCGCCCCACCACUGGCGUCCCUGGACGCUUCAUCACACUGAUGGACCGCAAGUCCGACGACUUCAACCGCACCUAUCAAUAUACCGGCACCUACACCGAGACUCUCAACAUGAGUUCGUACAACUAUCUUGGUUUUGCCCAGUCAGAGGGUCCUUGUGCCGACGCUGUGGAGGCUUGCGUCAAGCAAUACGGAAUCAGUUUCUGCAGCCCCCGUGGUGCUGCUGGUACUUCCGAUCUUGCUCUUGAGGUCGAGCGUGAGGUUGCCGAAUUUGUUGGCAAGCCCGCUUCUAUGGUUUUCUCUAUGGGUUAUGUCACAAACUCGAGCUCUUUCCCCGCCCUUGUUUCCAAGGGUUGUCUGAUCAUUUCCGAUGAACUCAACCACGCCUCCAUCCGUGUCGGUGCUCGUCUUUCUGGUGCCGUUAUUCAGAGCUUCAAGCACAAUGAUAUGGCCGAUCUGGAACGUGUUGUUCGGGAAGCUAUUUCCCAAGGUCAACCCCGCACCCAUCGUCCCUGGAAGAAGAUUCUGGUCGUCGUCGAAGGUCUCUACUCUAUGGAGGGUACCAUGUGUGAUCUCCCCGGUAUUCUUGCUCUGAAGAACAAGUACAAGUUCUAUCUCUUCGUUGACGAGGCUCACUCUGUCGGUGCUCUUGGCCCCCGCGGCCGUGGUGUUUGCGACUACUUUGGCAUUGACCCCUCCGAAGUUGAUAUUCUUAUGGGAACUCUGACAAAGUCUUUUGGUGCCAACGGUGGUUACAUCGCAGCCGAGAAACAUAUCAUCGACAAGCUCAAGAGCUCCAACGCUGCUACUCAGUAUGGUGAAACCCCUGCUCCUUGUGUGCUUAUGCAAAUUUUGGCUUCCCUGAAACUCAUUACUGGCGAGCUGUGCCCUGGUCAAGGUGAGGAGCGUCUUCAGCGCAUUGCCUUCAACUCUCGUUACCUUCGUCUCGGACUUAAGCGUCUUGGCCUUAUUGUCUAUGGCCACGAUGACUCUCCUAUCAUUCCUGUCAUGCUCUACCACCCCGCCAAACUCCCUGCGUUCAGUCACGAGAUGCUUCGACGAAAAAUCUCCGUCGUCGUUGUUGGAUAUCCUGCGACCCCACUCAUCAGCUCUCGCGCCCGUUUCUGUGUUUCUGCUGCCCACAACAAGGAGGAUCUUGACCGUCUGUUGGCUGCCUGCGACGAAGUCGGUGACAUCCUGCAGAUCAAGUUCUCGACCGGUGUAGCAGGCGGACUGGAACAUCUUCCCGAGGGUGUCGACCCCAAGAACGAAAAGGAAUGGAGAAAGGAAAACAGGAUCCCCCUUCAGGCCCCUCGUUGGAACCUGGAAGACGUUGUACAACACGGUGUCCAGGAUUCAAAGAUUCCCCUACGCUAA